CUGUAAAAGCACUCCUCAUAAUAACUUCCCAACUUCUCUCUCAGGUGCCCAUCCUUCCAAUUCUUCCCAAUGACACACUCUCUCGCCUACUUAGCCACCGUCUCCUUCUUCUUCCUCGUCCUCACCUCCUCGCCGGCGGCUCUAGCCUACCCCACCAAGAAACGAGCCAGCCUAACCAGGCAGCUGUUCCUGGGUCCUCAGAAUGCGGCCCGAUCGCUUCUGAGAAUGCGCCCACUGGUGUGGGACCCGAAGCUCGCUCGCUACGCCCGGUGGUACGCCAACCAGAGGCGGCAAGACUGCGCCCUCCAGCAUUCCAACGGCCCCUACGGCGAGAACAUAUUCUGGGGCAGCGGCUUCGGCUGGUCGCCGGCUCAGGCCGCGGCAGCGUGGGUGUCGGAGAAGAAGUACUACAAUUAUGGGUCGAACACGUGUGCGGCGGGGCAGAUGUGCGGGCAUUAUACGCAGGUGGUGUGGAAGACGACGACGAGGGUGGGGUGUGCUAUGAUUAACUGCUCCGGCGGAAAGGGCGUGUUCAUGACCUGUAACUAUGAUCCUCCUGGUAACUACAUCGGAGAGAGACCUUACUGAUCAACAAUGACUUGUUUAGGUUUCUCGACGAGAGGAAGACAACGAUCUCCAGAAGGAGGAUAAAGACGCAGCAAAUGUAUACUAUAAUGUGUUAGCCAGAUAGUUUCUGUCUCCGAGAUUGAACUGCUUGUUCAUGACGUGGAUCUAAGUGUAUUUGCCCAGUCCUCCAGUGGAAUCACUGAGCUGGAUCUGUUUUGUGUCGUCUUUGUUCAGUAAGUUGUAUAUGUGUCUUAUUUAUUUAUGAUAUAAAUUAUAUGUGUAUGGUUAAUUUGGAAGUGUAAAGGCUAGUCACAUUUCCAAAUGGGAUCUGAUUUAUACGUCAUCCCUUUUUAUUAA